CCUGUGGAAGAAAGAGAAAAAAGUCCCACAGACUCACGACCGACGGCGAGAAAAACCGCGAGGGAAGCGAGUGAGAGAGGGCAGAUCCACCGGAGCCCCAUGAAAAGACAGUUUGUCCAGUGAGGAGGACGAAGAGAGGAACACCCCGCUUCGACUAUGCCGCUUCACAAGUCCACCCGGGCCCCUCGCCUGGACCCCACCAUGAUCUCAGCGCCACUGGGCGACUUCCGCCACACCAUGCACAUUGGUAGGGGAGGGGACGUCUUUGGGGACACCUCGUUCCUGUCCACCCUGGGCCCGAGUCGAGCCAACUCCGAGCCGGGGAGUCCAGGGGGGGCACCAGCUGCUGAUCCAGAGGUGGCAGUUGACAGCAGUGAUCUCCACACAGAGGCUCCAGGAGGCCAGCAGGACAAUGGGCUCCAGCACUCUGAGUCAGUGUCUUCGUUCGACCUGGACUUUGAUCUGGGCCCGUCCAUGCUGGGAGACGUAUUAGGAGUGAUGGAUGGAUUGGGGCUCGACUCCAAUGAGGAGGACGUGUUCGGUCUCAGAAGCGGCAUGUCCUCGGUGGAAACCAAGCCGGGAAAAGGGGCCACGGAGAUGUCUGUGAAUUUGCAGAAUGAGCUGAAUGGGAAGAACUUGGUCGGGCUGGAUGGAAACCAGGUGGGAGACAGCAGGAUACCAGAUGGGAAUGGAAUCAAGCCAAAGGGGUUAAAACCAAAAGUGAGAUUCAGCGACAAACGGGAGGAGAUCAUUCGCCAGGCGUCUGAGGAGGAAGAGGGUCAAGCGUUCGACUUCCAGGACGAGGUCGAGCCGGUGUGUUUGAGUCCAACGAGGAGCGAAAGCGAGAAGGUCGAGAGCCGAGUAGCAGAAGGGGAAACUGAAUUCAGCAAUCACAAAGCAGAUUUGCCACCUAGUCCGGCCUCAUCACAUAGCUCGGAGUAUGAAGGAGUCAUCCCAUUGGACAGGAGGAGGGUCGACAGCUGCCACUCAGAGACUGAUUCCGAGGAGGAAGAGGAGGAGGAGGAGGAGGGGGGGGAGGCAGGAAGAGGCUACACAUUUGAAGACGAGUUUGAUGAUGAAAUCGGUCUAUAGGGGGAACGUAUGGUUUUUCCAUGAAAACAAAUCUUUGCUGUUGAGUAAAUCAUGGACACUGUACUUUCCUUUAACUCAGCAUGUCUGUAUCUUUCGAGUGGGAGGCUUCAACAGAAUAUAACUGAAUGCAAACUGGAUUUUUCGGAGACUCAGAGGUUUACGCUUGAGACGAUGUUGCUCAACUGGAAAAGACAUUUUAUGUUUUAUCUGCGAGGGUGACAGAUUUGCCAAAGACUGCCAUUUUGAUAAGGAAAAAAAAGCAAAAUGUAAUUAUUACAGUGAAACGUUUGUAGCACUUUGAUUUGAUUCAUUCACCUGGAAGCUUUGCUCUGUGGAAAGUUCCGGCUGAACGAAUGAUGCUUGCAUUGUUAAAUCGUGUUUUUUACUACGUCUUGUAUUUGCCAUCUAAUCACACAGGCGUUGUGAUUGUGGAGCUUUAUGUUAUAGUGGAGCUGUACUUAUUAUUCCACCCUGUGCUAUACCAAUGUCUUAUUACUUAUUGCUUGUAUUGCAUGUUUACUAUAGUCUCCUCGUCUUCUCUUGAUGUUUAUUACAUUUGAAAACUUUACAAACCAAAGGUCCCCUGAGACCCUUAAAGAAAAUAAAGUUAUCCUGUGCAUUCUGAAUUACUGUGAAUUUAUCACAUUCCUAAUCUGACACUGUUUCUCUACAUUAAACCCAACAUGUGUUCUGUUAUUUUGUUUUCAUACUUACCAAAGUUUUCUUGGGCUGGACUGAUGCUUUUUAAAUGCUGAGACAAUCAUGGGAUUUAAAGGUCAAAUUAUGAAUGAGGAUCAGUGGUUUAUUUUUGUACGUUUUAUUCUUGUAUACUGCUCGUUUAUUCCCCCCUCCCCCUUUCAGAUUUAUUUCAUGAUGCUGUAAAAGGGAGAGAUUGUUGUGUUUCUGUUAAAAAUGCUGGUUCAAACCGCAUAACCUGUGGUUUAAUAAGUAUGACAGUGAAAACAAUAAAACCAUUAUUGGGAUUUAAAAUCA